CCAAACCCUAGGGCCAGAAGCUCCAAGAACAGCUUCUUAGGAAAAAAGAGACGAGUGCAGCCCUCGUCUGGGCAGAGGCGGCCAUCCUUGGUCCCUGUCACGCCUUCUAGGCUAUCCUUGCCGCCCGCUUCCGACGGUGCAUCCGCUCAGUUGCAUGGAUGUUCAUCAGACGCUAUUAUUAAUGAUAUUCGCCCCAAUAUCCAUAAGAAACAGCGAAGCCAACAGGUGAGCUGACGAACCCCUCCUCCAACUAAUAACUGCAGCAACCACCACCCACGCCGUCCCGCGUGCUGUACCACCACCACCACCUCGUCCGUCAGCUGGCCAUUGGCAGCCGAGACACAGUUCUGCCAAUAAAUAAACAACCCCCUAAUUAUUUACAAAAAAAAAAGCAGACAAUGACAGCCACAGCUGACGAGACGCAGCCGCUGCUGCUGCGCGGUGCCGCCAACCCCGCAGCGCCCAACGCAAUCGGCGCAAUCGGCGCAGGCAGCGGCACGGCGGCUCCGCAAUCGGCCGCCGGCUCGGAGUCGACGGUUGUUGACUUUGACCCCUGCGGCGACCGGGACAACCCCCUGGAGUGGCCGGCGGCGUUCAAAUGGAGCGUGGUGCUGAUGCUGGCCAUGACGGCGUUUACCGUAACAUUCACAUGCAUCAGCGUCGUCCCGCUCGCGAACGAGAUCAGCCGCGACCUCGGCGGCGACGCGCGGUCCAAGGCCGCGAGCGUGCUCCUCGUGACCAUCUGGGAGCUGGGCGAGGCGGCAGGCCCGCUGCUGAUCGCGCCGCUGAGCGAGAUGGUCGGGCGCUACCGCGUCGUCAACGCCGCCAACGCGUUGUUCAUCGUCGCCACGCUGCUCGCCGCCACCAGCGCCAGCCUGCCACAGUUCGUCGCCGCGCGCAUGCUGACGGGCCUGGCGGUGGCCACCAACGUGCUCAGCCCGGCGAUCGUGGGGGAUAUUUUCGUAUCGGAGCAGCGCGGCGGCGCGCUGAGCUUGGUGUUUCUUGCGCCGUUGCUGGGCGGUGCCGUGGGCCCGGCCAUCUCGGGCGCUAUUGCUGAGCGGGCUGGCUGGCGCGCCGUGGUGUGGCUCAGUGCGGGUCUCGCCGUGCUGUGCGAGCUGCUGUUCCUCACCUUCUUCCGCGAGACGUACAAGGUCACGAUCCUGCGGCGGCGCGCCGCGCGCCUCGCCCGCGAGAGCGGCAAGCCGUUCCGCACCGAGUUCGACGGGGAGGAGGAGAGUGGUAGUGGCAGUGGGGGGCUCGGCCGCCUGCGCGACGCCAUGCUGCGCCCCGUGACCGUGCUCGCCGGUAGCAGCGUGCUCGCCAUCGUGUGUCUGUACGGCUCUAUCUGCUUCGCGUACUAUUAUGUUAUUACCGUGACGCUGGCCGACAUCCUGCGCGACGUCUACCACCUGCCGCCGGUGCAGGCGGGCCUGUGCUUCAUUACUAUUUCCCUCGGAUCGGCCGUGGCCGUGUUCGCGUGCAACCGCAGCCUGGACCCCAUCUACAUCCGGCUGCGCGACGCCAACAAGGGCGUGGGCCAGCCGGAGCACCGGCUGCCGGUGGCAAUUGGCGGCGCGUUCGUGAUGCCGGCGACGGUGGCGGCGUACGGCUGGGCGGCCGCGCUGCACCUGCCGCUGCCGGCGCUGCUGGCGAGCAUGGCGGCGCUGGGCGCGGCGCUCAUGUUCACCAUGAUCCCGCUCAUGGCCUAUGUAGUCGACGCCUUCGGCCUGUACUCGGCCUCGGCCAUGACGGGCGUCAUUGUCGUCCGCUGCCUCGUCGGCACCUUCCUGCCCCUGGCCACGGCGCCGCUCGUCGACAACUUUGGCUACGGCUGGGGGUUCACCGUUUUUGCUGCUCUAAGCUUCGCCAUUGCGCCUGUCCCGGCCCUCGUCAUGCGCUACGGCGCCCGCUGGCGCCAGAAGUCAGAUUACACCAGGGAUCAAUGACGGCGUGAGGCGGCGAGGUAGAGUUCUGGGGGUAGAUUAAUAGAGAUGUAGACCGUCUGUGCCUUUGC